AUGCAACACACUGGCGUGAAGGAUACCCCGCUCCGAGACAGCAAUAGCCAAAAGGUCCACCCCCAACCCAUGGAAGAAGCCGCAAAUCAGAAUCCAGAAGCUAUGGAAGCCCUAGUAUCUAAGAUUUUCACCAACAUUUCAUCCCUGAAGUCUGCCUACAUUCAACUUCAAUCUGCUCAUACUCCUUAUGACCCAGAUAAGAUUCAAGCUGCCGAUAAACUUGUGAUUUCUGAGCUGAAGAAUCUCUCAGAACUCAAGCAUUUCUACCGAGAGCACAACCCCAAACCUGUGUGCGUUUCUCCACAGGACUCUCGCUUAGCUGCUGAGAUUCAAGAACAGCAGAGCUUGUUGAAGACUUAUGAGGUCAUGGUGAAAAAAUUCCAGUCUGAAAUUCAGAAUAAAGAUUCUGAGGUUCUUCAAUUGCACCAGAAAAUCCAAGAGGCAAGUCAGAAGCGGGUAAAACUGGAGAAGAACCUCAAGCUUAGGGGCAUGUCAACCAAAGAAUUUAAAGACGGCGUUGAUGAAGAUGGGAUAUUCUCUUUGGACUUAUCCCCUGAUCUUUUCAAGUCAGCAGUGGAAGCUGCUUAUAAAUCCAUUCAUGAUUUUUCCAAGCCAUUGAUCAACAUGAUGAAAGCAGCUGGGUGGGAUCUUGAUGCGGCGGCAAACUCCAUAGAGCCGGACAUUGUUUAUGCAAAGAGAGCUCACAAGAAAUAUGCUUUUGAAUCCCAUAUUUGCCACAGAAUGUUCUUGGGGUUUCAGGACGAAAGCUUCUCUGUGAAAUCGGAAAAUCCAUCAGGCACCAAAGAAAGUGUAUUCCACCAAUAUCUCGCCUUAAGAGAAAUGGAUCCACUAGAUGCCGUGGGGCAGAGUCCAGAUUCCAUUUUUGGGAAAUUUUGCCGGAACAAAUACCUAGUUGUCGUUCACCCAAAGAUGGAGGCUUCGUUUUUUGGAAACCUAGAUCAGCGGAACUAUGUGAUGGGAGGUGGUCAUCCAAGGACAGCUUUUUACCAGGCUUUUCUAAAACUGGCCAAGUCAGUUUGGCUUCUGCACAGGUUGGCACAUUCUUUUGAUCCCCCGGUUAAGAUUUUCCAGGUCAAGCGAGACACUGAGUUCUCAGAAGUUUAUAUGGAAAGUGUUGAGAAAAACUGUGCCAUUGAAGAUAGCGAUCAGAAACCUAAAGUGGGUCUAAUGGUUAUGCCGGGUUUCUGGAUUGGCGGUAGUGUGAUCCAGUCCCAAGUCUACCUUACGGGCAUGAAGAUGGCAGAAUGA